AUGUGUCAUAAGCUGCAAUUAGGCUCUUUAGUGGAGUGCGUAGGAACUAUCAAGGAAGUAUCACCACCGUCGGAAAGAAUAUACACACGACGAUGGCUGAAUGCAUUGCAUAUUUACGAAAUACACGAUCGCAACGUAGAAACGCUAAGGAUGCUUGAAGUUAUUUAUCUGUACAAAACUGACUACGCUGUCCAAGGCUCUUCACCACCUGGUAAUUUUGAGCUGCUUGCUUUUCCUCCGAUAACCGAGAGCAGCACUACAUUGAUGACAGAAAUGGAUUCAGAGGUUACAAAACAUCGUGUGAAUGGUCAUCAGUCUAAUGAAUCUGGAGCCUCUUCAACUCUUAUUGAGAAGCCAUGGGAACGGCAACGUGUCGGUGAUCUUCAUCUGGAUGUUGGCAUACCUCCUGCAGACUACCACUUUGCGGUGCCUGAACAAGAUCAAGUAUCGAUCGAACAGGGACAAAAGUCGCUUGAAAUUCGAUUGAACGUUGCUCCUUACUCCAUCAUUCACGUGAACGACCGGAUUACCGUCAAUGACAAAACGCCAACCGUUGUUGUAGCGGUUCGCAAAUAUUCUAGACUGCAAUCCGUUUUGGAAGCUGAAAACAUGAAUGCACUGCUUCCACAAUGUUCCUUCUUAAAAGCAGGGACUGUGGACGCGACAGCUGCUGCGGAACGUCAUUAUCGCCAGUUCUUUAGUGCUGAAGAGGAAAAGCGCUACGGUCUUGUGGUAUUUCAACUAGCUGUUCCGCUUUUGAGUUUUUCUGCACCAAAAUCGCAGGAAGCGUGGAGCUCAUUGGUUCUUCAGCAAUUGGAGGCAAGAAACGAUGUUGGAUGCUCUGUAGCAGACCUCCGUUUUGCCUUUCCCACUCUGCCAGUUGAUCAGAUCAUGGAUAUUCUUGCAAAUUUGCAAUUUGACGCUUUGGUUGUCCAGGUGAGCGAUAAGUACCGUCUCGUGUGA